AUGAAUGACCAAACCUACCUCUCUUCUGGCGGGGACACCACCAGCGACCCCUCUGGCGCUGGCAUCAACAACACCCCCCAGAACGUCACCAUUUUUGGUCCUGGCGCGGGAAAUGUCCCCCGGGCCAUCCGCAACACCUUCUCCCCUGGCUGGAGAAAACCCUCCCAGAUCAACAACCCUGUUGCUCCUGGGGUGGACAAUGUCCCCCAGAGCAUCAUCCUUUUCCGUCCUGGUGGGGCCCAUAAUACCCCCCGGACCACCAACAACUCCCUCGGUCAUGCAGGUGGCAUCAGGAUCACCGCCCCCGAGAUCCCCACUCAUGACCCCGACUUCCUCGGGGAGGAAGAAGAUGGUUCCGACUACGAAACCAUCGACGAUAUCCUCGGGGAUUUCGAUGGGGAGGCGCUGCUGUGGGAGUGGAGGGUGGAACAUGAGGACGAGGAGCCACGCACCCUUUCUCCUGGUUACUUCGAGCGCCUGGAGGCCGAGCUGGACGACCUCAUCGCAGGACGCGAUCCCCAGCAGGCCGAAGGGUCAGACUCGGACCAGGGGGAUGUCCCCUCUGUGAUCGAGGUGGAGGAUAUCGCCAUUGAGGCCAGAGAUAGUGACGAGGACACUGCUCUGGAUGAGGCGUAG